AUGCCGGGAACCAGGAAUUCCAACCUGGUCGCUCACCUGAGUGGCAGAGGCCCAAAUACCAGCGGAGGAAGCCCGACGGAGGCCGACGGAGCCCGAGGGAGUCCGAGGGAACGGUGGCAGCGCGAGCUGGAGGUGGCCGGCCUGUGCUCGUCGGCCUCUGGCUCAACUGACCGCGGGCAGGCCCGCCGGAGACGGGCGGGCGGGAGGCUCGGAGCUUGUUUAAUGAAAACUGCACAUGCUACAAAGACUCCUAGAUAUAAAUGUGGAAUUUCAAAAGCUUGCCCUGAGAAGCACUUUGCUUUUAAAAUGGCGAGCGGAGCAGCCAACGUGGUGGGACCCAAAAUCUGCCUAGAAGAUAACAUUUUAAUGAGUGGCGUUAAGAAUAAUGUUGGAAGAGGAAUCAAUGUUGCCUUGGCAAAUGGAAAAACAGGAGAAGUAAUAGACACGAAGCAUUUUGACAUGUGGGGAGGAGAUGUGGCAUCAUUUAUUGAGUUUCUGAAGAGCAUACAAGAAGGAAUGAUAGUACUGAUGGGAACCUAUGAUGAUGGAGCAACCAAACUCAACGAUGAGGCACGGCGGCUCAUUGCAGAGCUGGGCAGUUCUUCAAUCACCAAUCUGGGCUUCAGAGAUAACUGGGUCUUCUGUGGUGGGAAGGGCAUUAAGACAAAAAGCCCUUUCGAACAGCACAUAAAGAACAACAAGGAUACCAACAAAUACGAGGGAUGGCCUGAAGUUGUGGAGAUGGAAGGAUGCAUCCCCCAGAAGCAGGACUGAAGAGGAAGCAUGGAACCCAGAAAGCAGCCACUUUGGCCGCUGUUGGAUGAGCUCGAAAGGAGAAACCAUGUGUAAAUAUUUUACGAGCAUGCCACAGUCUUGGUGUACGCAUGAGCAUUAUGUCUUUUGCCAUCAGGAGUAUUUAUUACUAACGUAAAUGGAUAUCUUUGUAAAUUGUCAAGCCCAGCAAGCGCGUCACUGGUUCCUAAGCGGAUCUCCCUGCGAGAACAGUGUGCAGACUGCUCUGGAGGUAAUGCGCUGUAACUCUGAAAACAGACGGACAGAAAACCAGAUUGUUGAAACUGUACUGACAUGUAUACCGGUUGCUGUGAACAUCUGUCAUGGGAUAGUAUCAGAUCUUAGAGAAGAGACUUGGUUUUCUUUUCUAUAAAUCAUAUGUGUUUAUGUAUAUUAGUGUGUAUGCAGAUCCUUUAUGAUGACCGUAUCUUUUCAAUUUAAAUUUGGCUCAUUGUGUAAUGUUACUUUACAGUCCAGCUCUCCUGAUGUAACUUUUCGCUUAUUGUUUUCCUUCCUUCCCAAGAAAUAAGGGGAGUAACACAUUUGAUAUGAAAACUUACAUCAGAAACAUGAAAAGCACAAUGAAAUUCUUUUUUAAAUAUAUUCAUUCAAAAGUAAAUAUAUAAAUGUAAACUGGCAUUCAGAAGCAUAACUUCUCAAUAUGAAUAACUUGAUUCUAUGCAGAACCUCAAGA